CAUUCCAUCCUGGGGAGGUUAAGAUAAGCACUGCCCUCAAAGCCUUGCCGCUGGGAGCCAGAUGGCUAAUCCAAUUGUUUUGGAAACAAAGCAGCCUUGAAAUUCCUGCUGCUUUUUAAGUGUCUUUACUGCGAACUCUGAGGUGGCGAGAAAAAAAAAGCCAAUCAGCCGAAUUUGGGGUCAUUUCUCUCCUCUCACCGAUUGAAGCUCACCCAGAUGCCGAAGGGUCGCUCCUGAGCUGUGAUCAUCAAUCACAUCCAGUUUGCAAAUUUUUUCCCCAGCUGAGAGUCUGUGUGCUACCAGCCCGGCAGAAUCCUUCAAGUGCACCCGACAGCUCUUCAAAGGCCCGAUCCACUGUCAGGGUUGCUUUCACUUUUCGAUAGAUCUGGAAACCUCCUCCGCCGAUCAGCAAGAAUCCAGUUAUCAUAGUCCAAUUAAAUAAAGAUCUUCCAUGUCUUUGAUGGAAAGUGGUCUUGGCAUAUCAGAUUUCAGCCCCAAGUGUAGAGAAAAAAAUAGUGUCAAUUUAAUUCAGAGUCCAGUUGACCAAAUCCAUAAUUCCUUUAGUUUCGGAUGGAAGGUGAAAAAAGAGCUUGAAAAAGCAAAAGUAGCAAACCCGGGGGGCGGGGGCACGUCCUGCUCCUCUGAAGGCCAAGCAGAAAAAUCAAAUUGUAUAUAAAUAUUUAAAACCUUAUCAGAUUUGGGGCUUACAGUGUUUUCUUUAAAGACAAUAUUUUCUUAAGAUUCCAACUCAUCAUUUAUAGAUAAAACAGUGAUUAAGUUUUUACAUGAUACUGGACUUUAUUAUAAAAUUUAGAAAAAGUAGAUGAUAAGACCUGUGGAGGGCAGCAUUAUGGUAUGUUGCAUACAGCCUGCAGUAGUUUAUUAGAAGAAGAAGAAGAACAUGCUGGAUAUUGGUAUGAGGACCAGGAAUGGGAACGACUGCAGUAGACAAACUUCAAAGGCAGUAGUUCUGGGAGGGAGACCAUGACAUCCCUCUCGAGCUCCUCCUGGGAAAUCUUGAAUUGUUCCCGAAACCCAUAAGGAAUAGAUGGUCCCUCCAGCAAGCUCUGGAGUUGCCCCAAGCUUUUUCUAAGAAGAAUGUGUCAGGAAAACCUCUAGAGAGGGAUGACUGUGGAACAUUUGAAUGUGUUCGGUACAAAGAAGAAAGAAAGUCAAGGCCCAGUUUAAAUUACCUUCAUUGUGUUCACGCUCACGCCCAUUAAGAGACGAUAGUAUAAAUGAAGAUAUCUGACAAACAAGAGCACAGCAUAUAAUGAAGCCAAACAGGUCACAACUGAAAAAAAGAAGGCUUUCCAUCCUUGGAUGCCUGCUUGGUUUAUUUCUGCAAGCUCAGGCUCAAACAAAUUUGGAUAAAUGCCUUUUAAGCAACACUUACAGACCUCCAGCAAACACAGACAUCUCAGUAACAUGUGGAAGCCAGUUCAUGGACCUGAGCAUCUACAUAUGUCCUAUUUACAACGCUUUGUACAACGAGUCACUGAUGGUGCUCAACAACCAGUUGAAUAACCCUGCUUGUUUCGGGAUGGCUGACUUCAAUUCUACUCCACCAGUUUUAAGAUUCAGAUUCCCAAUAAAUGACACUCUGUCUUCAAACUGUGCCAAUAAACAUGUGAUAACCACGCAGACAGGAACCGGAGCAUUUUCAGAUUUCUCAAACGUUCAGUCUGUCAACAUCUCUGGCGUCGUUACGGCCAUUGACCCUUCUGCAGGUACGAUCACGUAUCGUUCGCAGAUCCUCUACUACUUCUCCUGCUCCUACCCUAUGAACUACCUGCUCAACAACACCCAGCUCAGUGUAUCAGGCACGAACGUUGCCAUAAGAGACAACAAUGGUAACUUCAUCAGCACCCUUAGUAUGAAGCUGUGCAGUGAUAGCGCUUAUCUACAACCGCUAGUGAUUCCAUCAACAGGACUCAACAUCAAGACCAAGGUUUAUGUAGAAGUUAAAGCUACUAAUCUAACAAGCAAGUUCAACGUUCUGCUGGACAGAUGCUUUGCCACAGUAAGUCCAUUACCUGUUCAAAGCAACUACUACGACCUUUUUGUUGGGUGUACCCGUGACCCUCAGACAGUCAUCGAUAUUAACGGAGCUUCACAAUCAGCACGUUUCAACUUUGAGGCCUUCCGAUUUGUGGAACAAAGAAAUCUGACAAUUUCCACUUUCUACCUGCACUGUCUCACCAGACUCUGUGAGCCAGCCACAUGUAGCUCCUUUAAGCCCGUUUGCAGUAAAAGAAGAAAGAGAGAAGUCCAGGGCGAUUUACCCUCGGCCACAGUCACCUCUAAUCCUGUUCAUGUCAAUGGCAAAGUUGGUGCGUCAUCAUGCAAAAAAUUGUAAACACACAUAAGUUUAAUUUUUAAUAUUAUUUAGAAUGUAUCCAGACCUGGAUGAUUCUGAAGAAAAAAAAUUCACCUUUUCCUAUAAACUUCUGAGAGAUAAUUUUUAUUUUGUAAAUGUUGCUAUUGGAGAGUGUAGCAAGGCA